GCUCCCCGCUGUGUUGUGCGUCCUGGAACAGACAGCCAUGACAAACAGAAUGAGAGAGAAACCCUUGGUGGCAAUGAAGGUUCUGCAAAGGAGAGAGAGAGAGAGAGGAGUCAGCAUCUGCAACUUCUGUCUCCGGGAGGAAAAAGCAUCUGUUGAGAGGUUGGGUUUUUUUUUUAUGAGUUGGACGACCACACAAGGGAGCAGUCAGAGAGAAAGAAAAAUAUCACAACAGACGGAAAAGGGAGGACAAACAACAAAGCGAAGGAGUGGAGAGAGGAGAGGUGACCUGGCCGCAGCAGGGACAUGUUUGGCAUGAUUAAGAACUCGCUCUUCGGAACCACCGAGGAGACGGAAUAUAAAAUGCUCAGUAGCGAGACCAAGGACGGAGUUAGCUUUGAGGUGCGGCGGUAUGAUGGUGCCAAAUACGCUGUUGUCUCCUCUGAGGGGCGAAGCUUUGACCAAGUGACAGGGGAGCUGGUGAGGAAGCUGCUCAUGUACAUCGGUGGGAGCAAUGAAGAAGGUGAAGCCAUGGGUACUACAGCUCCCAUCAUCAUCACAGUGUACCCACGCAAUGAUGGGGUUCUGUCUCGCCGUUUGGUGGUCGCCAUCCGCAUCCCCACCAGCUACCAGCAGAACCCCCCGACUCCCACCGACGGUGCCGUCAAAGUUGAGGAGCGCCACGGCAUGACUGUCUACUCUCUGCAGUUUGGUGGCUUCGCAGCGGAGACGGAGUACCGAGCAGAGGCCUUGCGUUUGACGCGUACCCUGGGUGAGACGGCCCCCUUUCAGCGCAAGCAGUACUUCUGCUGUAGCUACGAUCCACCACUCAAGCCUUACGGACGCCGCAAUGAGGUGUGGUUUCUACAGGAGGAGCCGUAGGAGCCAUUCGAUCAGACCUGAGUCAAAUCUCACGACGAGUCCUUUAUUCAAAUUUAUUUACCCUUUCCAGUACCGACAAUCCUGUAGCUCUAACAGUUUUUGGAUUGGUAAGAGCAAUAUGGUGACUUGAUAGACCUUUGAAACCCAAACGGACUGAUAGAGAUUACCCAUGUUGCCUUUACCCAUCUGAUCUUCUGCUUGGUGAAGCUACACUCAAGUUAGUUGUUCAAGCAAUGGGACAAUUUAGAACUCAGUGCAGCAUUUUCUCAUUUCAUUUUCGAUUUCCAAUUUAAACUUGUAGCUCUGAAACAACACAUGAUGAGAGUGAUUAAAGGCUUCUUGACAAAUAUAGCGUUAAGAAGUAAAAGUAGUU